AUGUCUCGUGAGUUUCCAAUAGUUCUAGUCAAGAACUUACCAUACAAAGUAUCAACCUCAUCAAUGUAUGAAUUCUUUGGCCAAUUUGGCAACAUCAAUCAAAUUAGAAUAUCAAAUGAAGAAUCCACACAAGGAAGUUGUUUUAUUAUAUAUUCAAACUUGGCAAAUGCCAUCAGAGCAGCUAAUGAAUUGAAUGGGGUCAAUUUCCAAGGUAGAUACCUUGUAACUAGUCUAUACCCUGUUGAUAAGUCACUCAUAAACAAAGAAGAAAUGAUUUUACGUAAAGAGCAAUUGAGUCAAUUGAAACAACAGUAUAGUAUUCAGGAUUAA